UUAAAUAUAUAUUUAUUAUUAUUUAAUAAACAGGCUAAAAUAAUAAUCAUGGGAAGAAUGUACUCAAAUGGAAAAGGUGUCGCCAGAAGAUGCCUCCCUUAUAGAAGAACCCCACCAAGCUGGUUGGAAGUAUCCGUUGAUGACCUUUGCGACCAAAUUGUAAGACUUGCUAAGAAGGGACUCCACCCAUCUCAAAUUGGUGUUCUCCUUAGAGACCAACACGGUAUUCCUCAAGUUAAGAGUGUCACUGGAUCCAAGAUCUUGAGAAUUUUGAAGAAUAACGGACUCGCUCCAGAAAUUCCAGAAGAUCUGUACCACUUGAUCAAAAAGGCUGUAUCAAUGAGAAAACAUUUGGAAGCAAACAACAAGGACAUGAACUGCAAAUACCAUUUAAUUCUCACUGAAUCUAAAAUUCACAGAUUGGCUAGAUACUACAGAAAGACACAGGCUUUGCCACCAACCUGGAAAUACGUGUCCUCCACUGCUAAGACCCUCGUGUCAUAAUCUUAUGGUCAAAAUAAGAAUUCAAUAUGAUCAAGAGUCGCUUCUU